ACACAGGCACACAUUGUUGCAUUGACAGCACGGAUUGAUUAUUGCCGCGCAAAGAAAAAUUAUAUUUGAUUUUGUCUCGGAAAAUGUGCUUUGAAUAGGCAUCGGUAGGCCUCAUCUUCUGUCCGGUAUAGACGGUAAUGGUAUAGCUGUGGAAACCAAUGAUUGAAUAGAUGAAUAAAUAGAGCUGAAUUACCCUACUGUCUCCCGGGGAGACGGAGAAGUAAACAAUAGAAAGCUGAGCCCUGGCCUAGAGACAAAAGUAGUUACAAGGCAGUAGUGAUUGGGGGCACAUCCGCACUCAGUUCUAAAUUGACACAAUUUGUCUUUGCAAAGUUAGAAUGGAUACGAAAGGCAACAAACGCGCAACUUCAGCAGGCUACCGAUUGCCAGACCCACCUAACGUCGCUUUGAUAUCACAGUCCUCCGUCUCUGUGUACAAACUACCGCCGGACAGGACUCGAAACACCCGCGGCGGAGAGAGUCCUUGGGAGAACCCCGACUCUCGCGACCCAGUCAAACAGGAUCAAGUCUGGCGCGAGUUCGUGCGCGCAGAGAGGAAUGGAGUGAAAGAAUGGCAGAAGAAUUGGAGUUUUCUCAAGAACUAUGAUCAGCUGGGUAACCACAGGGCAGAGAGCCCUUUACCAAACUAUGUGCCAGUGUUUUCUGACCAUAUCCCCAACACCACCAACCAGAUGUUUGGGAGUCGUGUGUGCACACCACUGGGCAGGGAGCUGAUGAGAAUGGAUAAGCUGUUAAUUGGAAGCUAUAGCAAGUGCAAGCCAGGUCCAGAUAUGCAGCCUUGCUAGCAUCAGCAGGGAAUAAGACUCACCCAAGAAUGCCCACUAUCAAUCCCGCCUUCCAAAAGAGAGCAUAUCAGUUCUGUUUAAAAGGUGUAGCUCGUGUUCAUGUGGCUAGUGAUGGCUGAUAUGUUCCUUGCAUUGAGGUUUUACUCAUAUUCAUUGGAGGCUUGCUUUACAUUAGGAGCACCAUUUUCAAGAAAUCUAUUUUAACUGAUAGCUGCUCAUGUGUUUGACCCGUGAAGAGUUUACACAUUGCCAAUAGAUCUAGUUGAGACUCUACUUAACUCAGAAAAUGAUGCCAUUUUUGUUACAUUUCUGUUAUAUUUCUCAAUAAAGAAGUACUGUAUAUUGUA